UUGUCGGGCAAGAGUACGUGAAUGAUUUGAGUCGAGUUUGUGCCACAGACCCGCCAACAGCUCUCAGAACUUGAGAAUCCAAUCCCUGAGGAGCACUCGAGCAUUCACCAGGUCGAAUCAUGAGGGAAAUUGUUCAUCUCCAGGCAGGCCAGUGCGGCAAUCAGAUCGGCGCCAAGUUCUGGGAGGUCAUCUCCGAGGAGCAUGGUAUCGACCAGACUGGUAUUUAUCAUGGCGACAGUGAUCUCCAGUUGGAGAGAAUUUCUGUCUACUACAAUGAAGCCUCCGUUGCAACAGCUACAAAUGGUGGUAAAUACGUGCCCCGAGCAAUUCUCCUGGACCUGGAGCCAGGCACGAUGGACGCGGUGCGUUCGGGUGCUUAUGGAAAGCUCUUCCGACCUGACAACUUCGUAUUUGGUCAAUCGGGUGCAGGUAACAACUGGGCGAAGGGUCACUACACCGAAGGUGCAGAGCUAGUGGACUCAGUCCUGGACGUGGUGCGAAAGGAGUGUGAGAACUGCGACUGCCUCCAGGGCUUCCAGCUGACCCACUCCCUGGGGGGUGGUACAGGCUCAGGAAUGGGUACACUCCUCAUCUCCAAGAUCCGUGAGGAGUACCCAGACAGAAUAAUGAAUACAUACUCGGUGAUGCCUUCGCCAAAGGUAUCAGAUACUGUUGUAGAGCCUUACAACGCCACCCUGUCUGUUCACCAGCUCGUGGAGAACACCGAUGAGACGUACUGCAUCGACAACGAGGCUCUCUACGACAUCUGCUUCCGCACCCUGAAAGUAGCAAAUCCCUCCUACGGCGAUCUCAAUCAUCUCGUGUCCCUGACGAUGUCUGGGGUAACCACCUGCCUCAGAUUUCCCGGACAGCUCAACGCUGAUCUCAGGAAAUUGGCUGUCAAUAUGGUACCCUUUCCUCGUCUUCAUUUCUUCAUGCCAGGAUUUGCACCAUUGACUUCUCGCUCCAUGCAGCAGUACUCAGCACUAUCAGUUCCUGAAUUGACUCAGCAGAUGUUCGAUGCCAAGAAUAUGAUGGCAGCAUGUGAUCCUAGACACGGAAGGUAUCUCACUGUUGCUGCUGUCUUUCGGGGACGAAUGUCCAUGAAGGAAGUUGACGAGCAGAUGCUCAGUGUUCAGAAUAAAAAUAGCUCGUACUUUGUUGAGUGGAUUCCUAAUAAUGUCAAGACUGCCUGUUGCGAUAUUCCACCCAAGGGACUCAAGAUGUCCUCCACAUUCAUUGGCAAUACCACUGCCAUUCAGGAAUUGUUCAAACGUAUAUCUGAACAGUUCACUGCUAUGUUCAGGAGAAAGGCUUUCUUGCAUUGGUACACCGGCGAGGGAAUGGAUGAGAUGGAGUUCACUGAGGCUGAGUCCAACAUGAAUGAUCUUGUUUCGGAGUAUCAGCAGUAUCAGGAGGCAACUGCUGAGGAAGACUUCGAGGCUGAGGAAGCUGCUGAUGACUUUGAGACUUGCGAACAGGAGUAGGACAGACUGAUUUUCGUUUUUUUUUCUCUAUCUUAUUUGUGAUUUUUGGGGGUCAGGUUUUUCAUUCUGCACUGAAAAAACAUUUUUUGAAAAAAAUUGUUUGACUUCGAGAGAUAAAAAUUAAAAUUUUUAUCGAAACCCUGAUUUUUUGUAAUACUUAAAGAAUUAGUUUGGAUUCGAGAGUGAAUUUUUUAAUGUUGAAAUUCUUUUUUUAGUGUAACGGAAUUGUUUAUUCUUGUGUGGAUAAUCAAUCUGGGGAGAUUUUCAUACUUUUUAUAGAAAUUUUGAUGCGAUUAUUGAGGGUUUUUUUUUUAGAGGAAUUGAGUGAUUGAGAUGCGUGUGAUACAGCUGAUUACCAAGAGACAUGAUAUCUUAUGAUUUUAAUAUAAUCUUUAUACUCAGCACCAAAGUCUUUGAUGAAUAAAAAUUGCACAUUAAACA